UUGCUCAAUCGCAUAAAAGUGUUUGUGUUCUUUAUGUUGUUUUCUGAUUCAUAUUGUUGUCGAACUCAAACGCUGGAGUUUCAAUUAGUUUUUCCAUCCUGACCCUAGUUUUUCAAUUGGCUUUUUAGAGAUCACAAACAUUUAUGCCCCUGUUUCUAUAAUUCUUUUCUCGGUUUUGUUUUUUAAGAAUAUAUGUCAUUUUCUUACUGUCUGGAAGCAAAUUAUGUCAUUAUUUCUUUUUAAUGGGGGUAUUCUAUGCAGUUGCAGUGAGAAACUAUUGUUUAUUUUCAAUUAAAUUUAUUUAGCACACAAAGAUUUGUGUAUUUCAUUUAUCAUUCAAGAGUGAAAAAUGGGUCAAGCUUUAUGCUGUGUUCAAGUGGACCAGUCAACUGUAGCCAUCAAAGAAACUUUUGGGAAGUUUGAUGAUGUGCUUGAUCCCGGAUGUCACUGCUUGCCUUGGGUUUUGGGACAGCAGAUAGCUGGCCACCUCUCUUUGCGUGUGCAGCAGCUGGAUGUUCGAUGUGAAACAAAGACAAAGGAUAAUGUGUUUGUUACUGUUGUUGCUUCUAUUCAAUACCGGGCCUUGGCAGACAAAGCUUCCGAUGCUUUCUACAAACUCAGCAACACCAGAGCACAAAUCCAAUCCUAUGUCUUUGAUGUUAUUAGAGCAAGUGUUCCAAAGUUGGAGCUGGAUUCUGUUUUUGAACAAAAGAAUGAGAUCGCGAAAGCUGUGGAAGAGGAACUUGAAAAGGCCAUGUCUGCUUAUGGAUUUGAGAUUGUUCAAACUCUCAUUGUGGACAUUGAACCUGAUGAACAUGUGAAGAGAGCUAUGAACGAGAUAAAUGCUGCUGCAAGAAUGAGGGUGGCAGCUAAUGAGAAGGCUGAAGCAGAAAAAAUCCUGCAAAUCAAACGUGCCGAGGGAGAUGCCGAAUCUAAAUAUCUGGCUGGGCUUGGUAUAGCCCGCCAGCGUCAAGCCAUUGUAGAUGGGCUGAGGGACAGCGUGCUUGCUUUUUCUGUGAAUGUACCUGGGACUACAUCAAAGGAUGUCAUGGACAUGGUUCUGGUUACUCAAUAUUUCGACACAAUGAAAGAAAUCGGUGCAUCUUCAAAGUCCAACUCUGUUUUCAUCCCACACGGACCAGGUGCUGUGAGAGACAUUGCUUCUCAGAUUAGGGAUGGCCUCCUUCAAGGAAAUACCAGUCAGAAUUAGUGACUUGUAUUGCAGCAUAUAUGUUUCAUGAGUGGCUUUUCAAUGGAAUACUUGUGUCUUUUAUUCUUCUUCUUUUCUACUUUCGUAAGUAUUACAUGAGUAAAGCUAGGAGUUAGGGAGUGUCUUGCAAGUUGCAACUAAGUGGUGUGGCGUGUAUAGAUGGUCUUGAACUCUGCCAUAGUGUGAUCAAUAUUCUUUAUAGUAAAAACGAUAUUGGUUUGUGUAAAUUUGUGGUAUCCUCUGGUUUUAUGCUAUUUUGUAAAUGUUGUCUGCAUUUUGUGAAUGGUUCCCUUUGAUGGGUUUGCUU